CAAUUAUCUUAAAAAGUUUGUCUAUUGAUGAUAAUAGAUUUUUAAAGAAAAUAAUGUGUUUUGUUUUAUUAACCGUCAGUCAAAUUGACAACCAUGCUCGCGAUUGGCGUGCGAUUUUUAUAGAAUUUAUUUUAAAACGUGGCUUAUUUUCUGACAAUUCAACCAACCUGAAAUUUUAAAACUGAUUCAAAAUGUGCGACCAAGAGUUCAGAACGCUCCGCGUCGAUCCUCGAUACCCUUUUCAAAACAAAACAAAAGCGUGCUACGACAACUACUGCGACUACUACAAGUGCACGCGGCUGCUAGGCGAGGUGGACGACUGCAAGCUGUUCAAGCGGUACUUCGAGACCAUCUGCCCCAAUGCCUGGAUCUCGCAUUGGGACGAGUUGCGCGAAAAGGGCGCCUUCCCCGGCCCGAUAUAGCGGCGAUGGCAAUAUACUGAUCGUUUGAUAUUUUGGCUUUCAUUUACGAGUUUACCCUGCCCCUCACACUGAGCACACUCACUGUAAAAGCUUAUUUCGUACAAACGAUCAAUAAACUACACCACACUGAUCAGUAAGUUCUUCUAGGGCUGACACAGGUCAUCAACCCAAUCGGUUAGUGAGGAAACGGAAUUAGAUUUUUUAGGGCAUACGAAAUAGAUAAAGGAAAUUGUGAACGUGUGCAAGGACUGAGGGACACAGCACACCACACACGGGAAUUAAUUUAAGAAAUAAUAAAUGUAGGCACAGGAUCAAAAUGGGGCAGUGCUGCUGAUGCACUUCCUCACGCCGCUAAUUUAAAGGGACUUGGAAUAAAAACAGUGUAUGGAAUCAAC